CUCUUUCCCGUCUUUUUGACGUCCCGUUAAAUGCCGGCUCUUUGACAAUUUUGCCCCGCUUGUUUAUUUUCUUUUUUUGCCCCCUUUACCGAAACCUUCACGAGCUCGCCCUUCUCUCUCUGUCUUUCUCUCACUUACUCUGUCAAGGUAUUCUUCCUCCUCCACCUCCUCCUCCGUCCACCGCUUACUGAUUUCGCCGCUCAAUUUACACGCACUCACACACUGGCGUGAAUUUAUCCGAAAUUUUUAUCCUUUCCUUCUCAUUUAUGAUUUCGAAUUUUUGUUUUGUACGACCGAAGCUGGACGUAUUGGGGGGUUUAAUAGAAAGCUGAAUCGCCCCUGGGCGAUCUUUUUUUCCUGCUCGUUUGUGCUUACUCUUAUUAAAAUUUCUCUCUGUAGGGUUUAUGAGCUGUACUUUCACUUCCCAGGAUUGAAGUUCUUCUGAAUUAUUUUGUUUUUCUCAGUCGAAGCUAAUUCUGGUUUAUUUUUUCGUUUGUGUUUUUUUUUUUUUGGCAGAGAAAAUAUCUGCUGCAGUUUGGAGGUUUACUGUACAAGAGGUGAAUAUAUUUUUGCUAUCAUGGUGGAAUUUUUGUUUAUUACUUUCCUUGGGAAGUGUUGUGGUGUUAGUUAUUGGUGGUUUUAGAAUCUUAAUGUAAUUUGUAAUUGUUGAAAUAGGGUUUGGCUUUUACUUGGUCUGUACGUUCAUUUGCAUGGAAUGCUUUUGGGAUUCAUUGUAAUGCAAAUUGGCAAUAGCUGUUGUGUGUGGGCUGCAAAACUAAUCUUUUGCAUGGUGCCCUGAAUUGGAUGCUUCCAUUGAACUGAGUUGUAGAUGUCUUUGGCUGCAUAAGAUAUUUGAGUUUAAAAUCAUCAGAGUCAAUGAAGUUGGGAGUUUUUGAUGUAAUGGUGUAGUGGGAGUCUUAUGAUUUUCUUUUAACUGCUGCAAUUUUGAUCUUUUGCCAGUGUUUGCAAUUGCAAUAGCAAGUUCCAUUGUGUUCUUUCUUUUGCACAUUUAUUGCAUAACUGCAAUGAGUCUUUUCUCUCUUUCUCCCGUUUCAUUUUGUCUGGGAAACACAGUUAGGGUUUACUUUUUGCCAAUGUUUCAUUUUGGCCUUCGUGAUUCCUGAUUGGUGAAGGGUCGACUUUUUUGUCGCUCUUACGGACUACUGGAUUUACGUAAGUGUAAUGCUUAGGAUGGCUAACACGUGUCUGUGAGUAUGUUGCUCGUGUUUACUCACAUUAUCAAAUAAUUUCUUGAUAGCACGUUUUUCAAUUGCAUACUAGUUUGGAAAGUUUUUUCUGGAAGCGCUUGGCGGUGAGCCGCCAUCUGAGCUGUAUGACGUGUUUGGUGUAGUUCUUAGUUAGCUCACAGGAAGGUGACAUUUCAACGGCGCUUAUUAAGAGCCUUGUCUGAGGAACGGGUGUAAUAAGUGAUGUUGAACAUUUUGUCUGCGUCGGUAAAUUUUGGCCAUUCAUUUUCUACCGUUUUGUUUUGUCGGUGCGAUUUUCUUUCUCUUUGUAUGCCCGCCUGCCUUGUCACGCUACGUGCUCUUCUACAAAUUGUGAUUUUCAUUUGAAGUUAGUUCUUUAAUGAGUUUUAUUAUUCUGAUCUUUCUUUCUUUUUUUUAUUUAUUUUUUACGUCACUCCAACUCAAAAAAAUUGCUUGGAGCCCUUUGAGAGUUCUCCAUCGUGUAAUACUCCACUCCGCUCCCAAGUGUUUGAAAUUAACUUGAAUGAUUUACCAUAAAUGAAACUGGAUCUUUCAGACACUCUUUGCUUUUGUCUAUAUUUCUUUUGAUGGAUUUCCUUUUUUGUUUUUUGGUCUAAGAGAAGAAUCGAUUGGUUCUCUGUAUACUGUUUGUUAUAAUUAAUGAUUCUUUUUGUUUUUCAUUUUGAUAGACAUUUUAGUUAUCAUUUUCCAAUGCUUUUAUUAAUGGGAGGGUUUCACUUCUGCUUAGUUCUUGUUCGCUUGUUGAGGUGUUGUGGCACUGUUUCCUGGCUCAUGUGGAGUUUCUUGUACAAGUAUUUGUGAGUUUAUGUUUCUACUUUUCUUGUUUAGGUAAUAAAUUGACAAGGGUUCUUCACCGAUGUUUCUUGGUUCUCCUUGAACCAUUUUAGUAUGGACUUAAAUGCCUCUCCGGAGCCUGAAGAGGAUGAGGAGUUUUUCGAACCAAAUUUAGCAGAAGACAAUGUACACGAGCAUUUUCACCAAAAUGAUCGUUCGGAACUUGGGGAGAGUGGAGCUCAGAUUUCACGCCGGGAACGUGAAGAAAGGAUCCAGCGCUUGAGAAAUCAACGGGUAGAUGAUCGUGUGCAAUAUGCAUCACAGCAAGCUAAUUAUGCGGAUAUGUUUCAACCUAAACGACAGAAAACUUCCAGUAGACUCCCGCAAGGUUGGUUGGAUUGUCCAGCAGUUGGUAAAGAAAUAGGUUGCAUCAUACCUUCAAAAGUUCCCUUGGGUGAAGCUUUUAAUGAUGCCAUUGUUCCUGGUAAAAGGUACUCAUUCAGACAAGUGAUACAUCAACAAAGAGUUAUGUCAAGAAAGCUUGGGUUGGUAAUCGAUUUGACAAACACAAAUAGAUACUAUUCGCUGCAAGAUCUGAAGAAAGAUGGUAUAAAGCAUGUUAAGAUUGCUUGCAAGGGGCGUGAUUCUGUACCCGACAAUGAGUCUGUCAAUCAAUUUGUGUAUGAGGUUUCGCAGUUUCUUGCUCGUCAAAAGCAUGCAAAGAAAUACAUUCUGGUCCACUGCACGCAUGGCCAUAAUCGUACCGGAUUCAUGAUAAUCCACUACCUCAUGCGUACUUCGCCAAUUUCUGUUAGUCAGGCUAUCAAAGUGUUCGCUGAUGCACGCCCCCCAGGGAUAUAUAAGCCAGAUUACAUCGACGCACUGUAUGCCUUUUAUCAUGAAAAAAAACCGGAAACAGUCGUUUGUCCUCCGACGCCAGACUGGAAAAGGUCCACUGAAUUUGAUUUAAAUGGUGAUGCGAUGCCAGAUGAUGAUGAAGAUGGCGCUUCUGCUGCGUUGCCUCUUGUUAAUAAUGAUGCAGACGUUGUGUUGACAAAUGAUGAUGUUCUAGGGGAUAGUAUACCCGUGGAGCAACAAGAAGCACUUAGGCAGUUCUGUUAUCAGAUCUUAAAGUUGCCCGCAGGGGGGAAAGGGUACUCACAGUUUCCUGGGUCUCAUCCAGUUUCUCUUGACAGUGAGAAUGUAAAGUUGUUGAGGCAACGCUAUUACUACGCUACCUGGAAAGCUGAUGGGACUCGGUACAUGAUGCUAAUUACAAUGGAUGGAUGCUACUUAAUUGAUAGGCACUUCAAUUUUCGGCGAGUUCAAAUGAGAUUUCCUUCCAGAAAUAAUAAUGAAGGCCUAGGUGAGAGGACCCACCACUUCACCCUACUUGAUGGGGAAAUGGUAAUCGACACUGUACCGGACUCACGAAAACAAGAAAGGAGAUACUUGAUAUAUGAUAUGAUGGCGCUCAAUUCACUCUCUAUUAUAGAGCGACCAUUUUAUGAACGUUGGAAAAUGCUGGAGAAAGAAAUAAUUGAACCAAGGAACUUUGAACGUCAACACAUUUAUCAGAGCAGAAAUCCCAACUAUAGAUACGAGCUUGAACCCUUCCGGGUGAGGAGGAAGGACUUUUGGCCGCUUUCUACUGUGAACAAACUUUUGAAGGAGUUCAUUCCAAAGCUUUCCCAUGAUGCCGAUGGUCUUAUAUUUCAGGGUUGGGAUGACCCUUAUGUUCCGCGUACGCACGAGGGUCUCUUGAAGUGGAAGUAUGCAUCAAUGAAUUCGGUUGAUUUCCUUUUCGAGGUGGUUGAUAAUCGUCAUCAUCUUUAUCUUCAUGAACGGGGUCGGAAGAAAUUGAUGGAAGGCAAUGCCGUUGUGUUUGAAGAUGGCUCUGAUCCCCAAUCAUACUCGGGCAAAAUCAUUGAGUGCACUUGGAAAGCUGAAGAAAAGGUUUGGCGAUUCAUGCGAGUUAGAGUUGACAAAGGAAACCCCAACGAAUUCAACACCUACAAGAAGGUGAUGAGAAGUAUAAAGGACAACAUUACCCAAGAGAUCUUAUUGGAUGAGAUUAAUGAAACCAUUCAGCUGCCAAUGUACGCUGACCGGAUACAGAGAGACAGCAAACCUCAUUACCACCCUUCUGCAAGGCGUAGGUGACAAGGAUGGAUUGAAUUAAUCGGCAGGAAAACAUUAGUUGGCAUGGAAUUUAAUGAAAGCAUAUUCGACUUGAGUUUCCUUCAGUGUUUAUUGAGUUGCAAAGUUGCCAUAACAGGAGGGUUGUAACAGAAAGGUUGCUGCGACUCCACUCUGAUGGUUCUGAUUCACCAUGCUCACUGGCUAUUUGGAUCCUGGUGUGUCCAGCAUAUAUUUAGGGUAGAACUGUGAAAGAUCGGUUUCCUGGAGCAAGUAUGGUGGCCGAAAAGGUUUAGUUAUAGGAUGCCCUGUAUAUUAGUUGAAAUCAUAGCUUUCUUUGAUUAGCCUUUGAUAUUAUGCUGAUAAGAAGUAGCCUUUUUUCAGGAUAGUUGAUCCAGUAUUUGAACGCCGUUAUUUUGUGAAUAUAGUUCAAAUAUGAUCAUUUUAUUAGGCAAUAGACUUCUUUUCGUGUAUGUGCAGUGAUCUUUGCCUUGGAACUCUUCUCUUUUUUGUGCUUGUGCUCGCCUUCAAGUUCCUAACUUCGGUUGAGUUGGAUCCAACUUGUUUUCUUUUUUCUGAGUGUAUUCGGCAUGAUAUUGGUACAGCAAAACGCAUGCCGAAGCUGGUUGAGCAAAGAACUUGUUAAUGUUUUGAUGAGUGGAUUCAACUGCAAGUGGUCUUCUCCGGUUAAAUGUAAACACCGUAAUUGUCAGCAUGUAAGUCUUGAUUGCUGAUAUCUGAUUAAUAUAUAGUUUAACGUGAUCGCUGAUGUCUGAUGAAUUUAUGUGAAAACUAUAUGAGCUUUAU